UGCAUAAUAGCAAUUUUAAUUUAGAAAGGGUAUUUAGUUGAAAUGUAGUCUGUAGAUAUUCCACGCUUUACAGUUUCUUCAAUCACGCGACAAUGGAGAAAAUGAUGGUCAUUGCGGCACAGUUGCUGGUUUCUCUAGUUGUCGGAGCUUUGUUUAUACUGAUUUUAAGAAUCUUCGACGCUGCAAUCGCGAGACCAAGGAGAUUGAGAUCUGCAAUCGUGAAGCAAGGGAUCAGAGGGCCCGUUCCUUCUAAUUUGUACGGCAACAUACCUGAAAUAAAACGAAUUGCCGAAUCUCAGAAACCGAUGGAGAAAAAAUCUGCACAGAAAAUGGUUCAUGAUUGGUUCCCCGUCGUUUUCCCCCAUCUCGAGCAGUGGAGAAAUGAAUACGGAUCUACAUUUUUGUAUUCUACCGGCGCCAUACAGCUGCUCUGCAUUACUGAUGCAGAGAUGGUGAAGGAGAUGAGCCUCUGCACCUCUUUGAACCUUGGCAAGCCUUCGUAUUUAUCAACAGAACGCGGCCCUCUACUUGGUAGGGGCAUCCUCUCGUCCAAUGGCCCUUAUUGGGCGCAUCAGAGGAAGAUCAUUGCACCUGAAUUUUAUUUAGAGAGAGUCAAGGGUAUGGUGAGCUUGAUGGUUGAAUCCACAGAAGCGAUGUUGAAAACUUGGGAGAAGAAAACGGAGGAUUCAGGUGGGAAGGUGGAAAUCAUGGUAGAUGAGGAUUUUAGAAGCUUGUCAGCUGAUAUUAUAUCAAGAGCAUGCUUUGGAAGAAGCUAUGUGGAAGGGGAAAAGAUAUUCAGUAAACUUCAAUCACUUCAACGAGUGAUGUCAAAAGGGAGCAUUGGAGUUCCGGGAAUGAGGCACCUCCCGACUAAGCACAACAGAGAGUUAUGGAGGUUGGAGCGAGAAAUUGACUCGAUGAUACUGGGUGCUGUCAAAAGUCGCAGUAGCGAUGAUGAUAAUGAUAAGAAAGACCUUCUGCAGCUGCUACUUGCUGCAGCUGAGAAUGAAGGAGAUGAUAGCAAUAACAUACCUGCAGAUAUGACUCCAAGUAAAUUUAUUGUUGAUAACUGCAAGAACAUCUAUCUUGCUGGCCACGAGACUACAUCAAUCUCGGCAUCAUGGUGCUUGAUGAUGCUCGCCGCCCAUCCAGAUUGGCAAGCUCGUGCCCGUGAAGAGGUGCUUGAAAUCUGUGGUAUGGGCAUGCCCACAGCAGACAUGCUCCGCAGCAUGAAAGUGCUGACUAUGGUGAUUCAAGAGACACUGCGGCUAUACCCACCGGUAGCCUAUGUGGUGAGAGAAGCCCUGCAAGAUAUCCAUUUCAAGGGGCUCAACAUACCAAGGGGGGCGAACAUCCAGGUCCCUAUACCUAGGAUGCACCAGGACCAGGUGCUGUGGGGCUCGGACGCGCAUCACUUCAAGCCGGAGAGAUUUGGCAAUGGAGUUUCGGGGGCCUGCAAGAUCCCACAGGCUUAUAUGCCCUUCGGGUAUGGAAGCCGCACAUGUGCAGGACAACACUUCGCCAUGGCUGAGUUGAAGGUCAUUCUCUCACUUAUCCUCUCCAAGUUUAGAUGCUCUCUCUCGCCGGCAUAUCACCAUUCACCUGUGUUUAGAUUAGCCAUACAGCCUCAGCAUGGAGUCUCUAUUCUUCUUCAGAAACUGUGAUGUCUCUUUUCCCAUCUUCAAAGCUUUUCCAAUAUAAAGUUAAAUACUACAUAUUCAGACUUCAA